UAGUGUGUGUGUAUGUGUGUGUGUGCGCACAAGGGGGACGGACAAACACAACACACGGGCUGUCAUUUCAUUUCACCGCAGCAGUUGUGUUCAGGAUACAGACAGAGAGGAAAUUAAGGAAAUACCGAAGAAAAAAGAAGGAGAAGAAGACGGAUAAAAAGACUCCGUAGUAGAAGAAGGUCUCAACGGCUGGCGGUAACUAGGGUAACUAGUAACUAGGGUAACUAGGGUAACUAAGUUUAAUAGAUGGAUCACUCGUCCAGCAACAACAACCGGUUUCGGUCCGCAAUCUUCAACCACGACGAUGAGGACCACGACAAGGAAUACGUGGGUUUUGCGACGCUGCCAAACCAGGUGCACCGCAAGUCAGUGAAGAAGGGAUUUGACUUCACGCUCAUGGUGGCAGGGGAGUCUGGCCUGGGAAAGUCCACGCUGGUCAACAGUCUCUUUCUCACAGAUCUUUACAAAGAUAGGAAGCUGCUCAAUGCUGAAGAGCGAAUCACACAAACAGUAGAAAUCACCAAACACACAGUGGAUAUAGAAGAGAAAGGUGUCAAACUGAAGCUCACCAUCGUGGACACCCCUGGGUUUGGGGAUGCUGUAAACAACACUGAAUGCUGGAAGUCAGUGGCUGACUAUAUCGACCAGCAGUUUGAGCAGUACUUCAGGGACGAGAGUGGCCUCAACCGCAAGAACAUCCAGGACAACCGCGUACACUGCUGCCUCUAUUUCAUCUCACCCUUUGGUCAUGGCCUCCGGCCUUUGGAUGUGGAAUUUAUGAAAGCUCUACAUGAGAAGGUUAACAUCGUCCCCAUCUUGGCCAAAGCAGACACACUCACCCCUACUGAGGUCAAGAAAAAGAAAAUCAAGAUCCGAGAGGAGAUCGAGCAAUAUGGUAUCAAGAUAUACCAGUUCCCUGACUGUGACUCUGACGAAGAUGACGACUUUAAGCAGCAGGACCUUCAGCUGAAGGAAAGCAUUCCCUUUGCAGUGAUUGGCAGCAACACAGUGGUGGAGGCCAAAGGGAAGAGGGUGCGAGGCCGACUCUAUCCCUGGGGCAUCGUGGAGGUGGAGAACUCGUCACACUGUGACUUCGUGAAGCUGAGGAACAUGCUCGUUCGCACACAUAUGCAAGAUCUGAAGGACGUGACCCGGGAGACCCACUACGAGAACUACAGGGCCCAUUGCAUCCAGAGCAUGACCCGCAUGGUUGUGAAGGAACGAAACCGCAAUAAACUAACCAGAGAGAGCGGCACAGACUUCCCCCUCCCCCCGCCGCCCGGAACGGCAGACACCGAGACGGAAAAGCUCAUCCGAGAGAAAGAUGAGGAGUUGCGGCGGAUGCAGGAGAUGCUGCAGAGGAUCCAGGAUCAAAUGCACACUCAGAAAGAAGGCUAUUAACACAGGACAGCCCCGUGUACAUGUCUGUCUGUAACUGGGAUAAAAAAUAAACACCCAGGAAACCUUUAUUCCUCUCUAGAACAUUGACAUCCCUAUGUGUCCACCCAACCACCACUCAACCUCAUCAACAGCACGUUACACUUGGAUCAGGGACCUGCGAGGAGGUGGUAAGAUGUUCUGACAUUUGCAGCCUCCCUUUAUCCUCUCUGACAUUAAGACACCACUGCUGCAAAACACUUCACCCUCCACUCUUCUGUUUUCUGUUCUGUAGACUUUAAAAUAAUUAAAAAACAGGUUUGUUGUUUGUUUGAAUAAACUUUAAUGGUAAGGAAGGAGGAAUAGCAGCUUGUGUUGCGAUCUGAUAUCUGAACUUUAUUUAGCCACAUGAUCACAGGGUUGUUUUAUUUUAUUUUAUACAUGAGAUCUGAUAUGAGGUUUACAUGUGGUGACCAGCUCUUUUUAAUUUUUUUAAAGCACACUUUUCUGGUGUUUAUUUUUAUUAUCUCUAAAGGUCAACAUGCAUACUGUAAUAAUUUAAUUUUCUAUAUUACUCAUAAACAUUUGUUCUACUGUUUUUUCAUCUUUUAUGUGUUCCUGGUUUUAUUUAAACUACACUUAUGUAUGGAUGGUUGUUUUAUGUAUAUUUCUCUUCAGCCGAGGUACCUGCUGGUUAAUUUGGUUUAAUCUUAAUGCUAGGAUUGUUUCGAUUCCUUUAAAUUAAUUUUUAUCAGUUCUGCAUGUUUUUCACAGUUGCCACCUCUGCUGCCUGACAGCACGGAUGUUAGUGGCUCCGCUCAAUGUUGGCCAGUCUUAACUCACUGCAAUGCUUACCGACAUAUCAACAUUUAGAAUAGUCCAACUUUUACAUGACAAAGGAGUCUAUUAUUAUUUGCAGAAUUCCCCCAAAACAGAGUUGUUUCAAAGUCAGUUCAUCUCAUGACAAAACCACCAACAGUUCCCAUUGUGAGAACUGAUGAUACCUGUUAGUUGUUAGAGAUGAUUAGGACUUUGAUAAGACAAGACCCGCUGAUUUGCAUGAGGUGAGUGUCCAAGGCAAGGGUUGCAUCAAAGGCCAUGCAGCGUAUUUAUUUUUGCAUGUGUUGUGUGAAGGUUUCUCAAAUUGCAGAUCAAUUUAGUGAUCAUACGGUUAUUUAUGGGCAAUGAAAAAAUGUAGCUACUUGUUGGGGAAAAUAUAUUGAGAGGAGGUGGAUUUUUUUAUUAUUUUAUUUUGGUUGGUUAUGUCCUUAAUUCAAACCCAAAUGUUGGAUGUGUGCUAACUUUAACGUUUAUCGUGUAACCAAAGCCAAACUUAAUUGUCCUAAAUUUUUGAUUUUCCUUUUCAAAGUGUGAAUUUUGUUUUGUAUUUGACAAGCCAAGAGUAAUGAGCAAAAUUUAUCGGAUGAACUUGAUUCUCUGUUGUUCCAAGGACAAACUUUUUUUUGGAAAUUAGAUGACUCUGCCAUGUUGUCUGACCUUUGUUAUGUAAAAAACAAAAAGAAAAAAGACAUUCCUCGAGCUUCUGUCCCUGAGUCAGGUAUUACUUUUGUUUCUGAAUUUGUUUUAUAUUAAAUUUGUCUUUUGUUAUUCUACUUUUUGGAGUAUAUUUAUGUAAUAAAUUUAUAAAUGAAAUGCGGAUGGAGAAGACAAUAUGUACAAAUUCUAAUAUUGUAAUAAAAUAUGAAUAUAAUUUCAUUUUCUCCAUCA